AUGGUUCUCUUGAGAUUUUAUCUUUUCCUUUUCCUUCGCCAUCUUCUUCUCCGACAUAAACCUCUCUUCUUUCUCCUCACUCUAUUCCUUUUCCUUCCCCGACAGCUUUUACGUCAAAUUUUCCCGUUCAUUUGUCUUCUUUAUCACCUGAGGCCUGUUCUUUUUCUUCCUCUUCACACUUUUCUCCAUCGUCUCCCUUUUCUUUUUAGUCUUUUUCUUUUUUUUCCCCUUUUACUCCUCCUCCUACCACAGAUACCCUUUCCUUUGUCAACAUCUCAAAUUCCUCUUUUGUCAAACCUUUCCGCUGCUUUGUCUUCUUUCAGACUCUACAAUUACAAGUUUAUUUCUCAUUCCUUCUCUCCUUUUUCUUCUUCUCCUCUUCCUACAGUUCUUUUUUUCUUUCGUUUCCUCCUCUUCUUUCUCCUCUCCAGAUUCCUAGUCAACAAUUCAGCUUCCUCCCAUAUUAAAUCUUACCGCUUAUUUAUCUUAUCUAUCUCUUUAAAAGAAAAUUGUUCUUUUUGUACUUCUUUACACUUUUCUCCCCAAUCUCCCUUUUUGUUUUCGUCUACAUUUACCUCCUCCUCCUCUUUCCUUUCCUCCUCCUCUUUCCUUUCCUCCUCCUCUUUCCUUUCCUCCUCCCCUAACAUGUCUUUGCUAAUUUUUAUUCAAACUAAUAAUUCCGGUCUGCCAUAUUGCACGUUACUAUACAAUUUCAUCGAAGCAGACACGAGACUCACGUGGGAGUUAUCCUUUUCUCUAUUUUCACUUCCUUCCUUCCUUUCUUUCUUUAAUUCUUUGCCGUUUCUUUUUACUUUUCUCUUCUUUAUUUAUUUCUUUGUCUUUUCUUUCUUUCCUUGCCUUUUAUUCUUUCUUUCUUUGUCUUUUCUUUCUUUCUUUCUUUCUUUCUUUCUUUCUUUCUUUCUUUCUUUCUUUGCAUUUUAUUCUUUCUUUCUUUGUCUUUUCUUUCUUUCUUUCUUUCUUUCUUUCUUUCUUUCUUUGCAUUUUAUUCUUUCUUUCUUUGUCUUUUCUUUCUUUCUUUACAUUUUCUUUCUUUCCUUGCCUUUUAUUCUUUCUUUCUCUUUUCUUUCUUUCUUUACAUUUUCUUUCUUUCUUUACAUUUUCUUUCUUUCUUUGCAUUUUAUUCUUUCUUUCUCUUUUCUUUCUUUCUUUACAUUUUCUUUCUUUCUUUGCAUUUUAUUCUUUCUUUCUCUUUUCUUUCUUUCUUUACAUUUUCUUUCUUUCUUUGCCUUUUAUUCUUUCUUUCUCUUUUCUUUCUUUCUUUACAUUUUCUUUCUUUCUUUACAUUUUCUUUCUUUCUUUCUUUACAUUUUUCUUUCUUUUCUUUCUUUUUUCUUUCUUUUUUGCAUUUUUAUUCUUUCUUUCUUUUUCUUUUUUAUUCUUUUCUUUCUCUCUUUUCUUUCUUUCUUUCUUUUCUUUCUUUCUUUCUUUUUAUUCUUUCUUUCUCUUUUCUUUCUUUCUUUAUUUUUUCUUUCUUUCUCUUUUCUUUCUUUCUUUUCUUUCUUUUCUUUUUUUUUACAUUUUUUCUCUUUUCUUUCUUUCUUUUCUCUUUUUCUUUCUUUCUUUACAUUUUCUUUCUUUCUUUGCAUUUUAUUCUUUCUUUCUCUUUUCUUUCUUUCUUUACAUUUUCUUUCUUUCUUUUUCAUUUUCUUUGCUUUCUUUCUUUCUCUUUUCUUUCUUUUUCUUUCUUUCUUUACAUUUUCUUUCUUUCUUUGCAUUUCUUUCUUUCUUUUCAUUUUUAUUCUUUCUUUUUCUUUUCUUUCUUUCUUUUAUUUCUUUCUUUCUCUUUUAUUUCUUUCUUUCUUUCUUUCUUUCUUUCUUUACAUUUUCUUUCUUUCUAUCUUUACAUUUUCUUUCUUUCUUUACAUUUUCUUUCUUUCUUUGCAUUUUAUUCUUUCUUUCUCUUUUCUUUCUUUCUUUACAUUUUCUUUCUUUCUUUACAUUUUCUUUCUUUCUUUGCAUUUUAUUCUUUCUUUCUCUUUUCUUUCUUUCUUUACAUUUUCUUUCUUUCUUUACAUUUUCUUUCUUUCUUUGCAUUUUAUUCUUUCUUUCUCUUUUCUUUCUUUCUUUCUUUCUUUUCUUUUUAUUCUUUCUUUGCAUUUUAUUCUUUCUUUCUCUUUUCUUUCUUUCUUUCUUUACAUUUCUUUCUUUCUUUUCUUUUCUUUCUUUCUUUUGUACAUUUUAUUCUUUUCUUUCUUUUUUUCAUUUCUUUCUUUCUUUCUUUACAUUUCUUUUACUUUUUUUCUUUUCUUUCUUUGCAUUUUAUUCUUUCUUUCUCUUUCUUUCUUUCUUUUCUUUCUUUCUUCCAUUUUCUUUCUUUCUUUGCAUUUUAUUCUUUCUUUCUCUUUUCUUUCUUUCUUUACAUUUUCUUUCUUUCUUUACAUUUUCUUUCUUUCUUUACAUUUUCUUUCUUUCCUUGCCUUUUAUUCUUUCUUUCUUUGUCUUUUCUUUCUUUCUUUACAUUUUCUUUCUUUCUUUACAUUUUCUUUUUUUCUUUCUGUCUUUCUUUCUUUCUUUCUUUCUUUCUUUCUUUGCUUUUUAUUAUUUCUUUCUUUUCUCUUUUCUUUAUUUCUUUGUCUUUCUUUCUUUGCCUUUUCUUUCUUUCUUUGCCUUUUAUUCUUUCUUUCUUUUCAUUUUCUGUCUGUCUUUCUUUCUUUCUUUCUUUCUUUCUUUGCUUUUUAUUAUUUCUUUCUUUGCCUUUUCUUUCUUUCUUUGCUUUUCUUUCUUUCUUUGUCUUUUCUUUCUUUCUUUACAUUUUCUUUCUUUCUUUGCUUUUUAGUAUUUCUUUCUUUGUCUUCUCUUUUUUCUUUGCCUUUUAUUCUUUCUUUCUUUGUCUUUUCUUCCUUUCUUUCUUUGUCUUUUCUUCCUUUCUUUCUUUGUCUUUUCUUUCUUUCUUUCUUUCUUUCUAGAAAUAUGCAUAUACAGCUUCAAAGCAAGCCAUCAGAAUGA